AUGUCUACAGUACCCAAUGGUAACAAUCAAAUGGUCGAGCAAGAGGCUGCUAAAUCAGACGCUGCAUCCAAGGCCACGCCAAUCACCAACACAACCGUGGCCCCAGAACACAAGAAGAAGAAGCUUGUUAGAAAACAAGUAGGGUCAAAUCAGUUAAAGUACAAGGCAUGGGCAGCUGGACACAUAAGCACGAUUGUUUUCGGGGUGAUUACUUUUUUUUUCCAGAUUUUCCUCUUGCCAAACAAAUGGUACAUCAAUUCGAUUUGCUACAGAUUAUCGUUGUUAGGAUCAAUGGUUGCAUUGACCGCUACAUUUUCACAUAAGUUUGGGAUCAAGAACUUGCCUCCAUUUCCCACGUUGAUUGCGCAACAGAAUUUCCAGUACUUGAUAUUGGCUAUCAUCUGGUGUUUUACGUUUAAGUCGAUUUUCAAGAUUAUCCCAUACUUUUUGAUUUCGACGUUACAAUUGUCUGCGCACAAGAAUAUCGAAGCCGUAUCAAAGCACCUGGCUCAGCUUGCGUCCUUAAUAGCGUAUGACGAGUUGCUUUUGAUAGUUUACUUGCUUCUCAGAACUUUAUUCUUUAGAAAUACCUCCGGAUACCAAUUGAGUGCCUUCUUAUUUUUUUACUGGUUAAGAAUCUUAUACAAUAAGGAAACUGGUAACUUAUUUAGAUCUAUUGUCACGCGUGUCGAUGGUAAGGUUACUUCUUCUACUGAGAACGAAAAAGUUCUCCACUACUGGUCUAAAAUCAAGAAAUUCGUAGAUGCUAAGCAAUACGAUAAGAUUUAA